UGAAAGUACCUCUUCUCGCACCUCGCCUCUUCUCGAACCUUUCAUUUGUUUACAUUUUAUGCGCAUGCGCGCACGCGCACAACGUCAUCGUUUUGUGGGUACCUACGUAUUGUUUACGACGACUCGCGCGUAGCUGUCAAUCUCCGAAAAUGCGUCACAAACAGAAAUUCCCAAUGAAAAGAGUUAAAAAACAUAAGGGGUACUCUCCAUCAGCACUCACAAAUGCUUACAAACUUGUAAAAGAAACCGGGAUCCCUAUUAAAACUGCUGCUAGACAGUAUGGAGUGCCACAUAACACCCUUCGCGAUAGGGUAAAAGGCCGCGUGGAUCCAGAAACCACGAUGACAGGUUCUGGUCCACUAUUUACAUUGGAAGAGGAGGCAAAGUUAGUAGCACAUAUUAAACUGAUGGCUGAUUUGGGGUACGGUUUUACCAUAACAGAAGUGGUCUCAAAAGCAAGUGACUAUGCAGUCUUUCUUAAGAAGAGAACACGGGACAAACCAUUGACCGUGAAAUGGUUUAAGGGCUUGCGCAACAGGUGGCCGGAGCUCAGAGUCAUAAAACCUAGGGGGUUAGCUAAAUGUAGGGCAGAAGCUACCAAUGAACAAGCUGUUGAAAGCUAUUUCACAAAUUUAGAAAAUGUGCUGAAAAGUAAAAACCUUAUUGACAAACCUGAGUGUAUAUAUAACAUUCACGGACAGCAACAACCACGGUCAUUGGUGGCGGUAACGCAAUUGGGACACAGAUUCCUCCCUUCUUUGUUUUCAAGGGUGCGAGAAUGAAUGAAACAUUAAUGCAAGGUGCUUCUUCAGGAUCAGAUGCAAGUAUGUCAAAGACAGGCUGGUCUAAUUCAAGCAUUUUUUUGGAAUAUUUACAAUCCCACUUCAUCAAGUACAUUCAAAGAUCUGAUCCUAAUCAGCAAAUUAUCAUCAUAUUUGACGGCCACAAAUCUCACAUCAAUGUCCCUGUGUUGGAAUGGGCAAAGAAAAACAACAUAAUUUUGUUUGUCCUUCCAGCACAUACAUCUCACGUGCUUCAACCUCUUGAUGUAGCCUGCUAUGGACCUCUGCAGAAAAUAUAUAAUUAUGCAUGUCAAAAAUUUAUCAGAGAACAUCCAUCUUCAAAAAUCACAAGAUACAAUAUUGCAGAAUUAGCAUCCAAUGCAUAUGUGACAGCAUUAUCCGUGAAUAACCUGAGGGCUGCCUUUGAAAAGACUGGCAUAUUUCCAUUCAAUAGAACUGUGAUAAGUGCUGACAUUUUUAAGCCAUCAAUUCCUUAUGUUGUUCCUCAAGAAAACACAUUGGCUUCUGACACUCAGCCAUGCAUUGACAAUUACUUUACAACUGCCGAAAACAUAAUUGAAAUGAAGAAAGCACACCAUACACUAAAAAAGACUUUAAGAAAUCAUGUGUCUGGUCAGGAAAUAACUAGUGAUUGCAUAAAUCAAGAAAUAUUAUCACAGCCUUUACCACGUUCCAAAGAUACACCAGUCUUUCCUAUCAACAAAAGAAAACAAACAAAAACAAAUGCAACAAAUGUCAAUCAAAGUAAUGUCCCCCUCCCAGAACCUCUUCCUGGACCUUCGCACAUUGGCAUCUGUGAUACUGAUAGUCAGUCUUCUGAAGAUGAUGUUUCUGAAGAAGACAAAUGUUGUGUGUGUAAACUUUUUCAACCCAAGGAACUGAAAAACUGUGUUUCCCUUGUGUUUACAAAAUGGGCACAAUGUGAUCACCAAAACUGUGGACAUUGGACACACUUGAUUUAUUGUUGCAAACAGAAAGUUGUUCGGCGGAAUGAUGUCUUCGAAUGCCCAUGUCAUAAAAGUGAAGAGUAAAAAUACUAAAAUUGAAAUAAAAACAUAUAUUUGUUCUAAAAAACAUUGUUAUAAAUCAAGUUUUAAUGUUAUUUUCUAGUUUCAUAAAAAACUGAACAAAAUCUGCUUAGAAUUGUGAAUUUAAAUAGUAAACAAUGAAGGGUUCGAAAGGAGGUACGAUUGUUUUGGCGGCCAUGACAGUUUUACAUGAUAUGGUGGUGCUGAAAACUUUACGCAAAUCUGUUAACAAAAGAGGAUUUGCAUAACAAUUAAAGUUGUCAGGUAUGUAGGAACAAUGUAUUUAUCACAUAAAACUCUUACAAAUACGUUUCA